GAAAGUUAUUAAGAGAUUAGUGUCGGUGAAUUUUUGAACUCUUCUUUUGCGGUUUCGUGUUCGUCUCAUCUCUUCUUGGCCCACGUGUUCAUAAAUCUCCCCUCCGCAUGUAAUCGCUUCGCCGUCAAUUUCACAUCUUCUUCUCCUUCUUCAGCCUCUAAAUCUUUCCGCUGAUUAAAAUUCUCUAGAUCGGGAAAAAGGUUGGUUCUUUCGUGGAUUAUCGUAAUCUCCGGCGAAAACCCAUAUGGAGACAGCGACUGACGUGGCGGCGGUUGCUCCUACUCCGACGGUUACGGUUGCGGCGGCGGCGGCAACGACGAGGAAGAGAGAGAAACCGUAUAAAGGGAUAAGGAUGAGGAAGUGGGGAAAGUGGGUGGCGGAGAUAAGAGAGCCUAAUAAACGGUCAAGGAUCUGGCUUGGCUCUUACUCCACCCCUGAGGCGGCGGCGAGGGCUUACGACACGGCGGUUUUCUAUCUACGUGGUCCUUCGGCUAGGCUUAACUUCCCGGAGCUUUUAGCCGGUGUUACGGUGGCGGGAGGCGGCGGAGGAAACGGUGGUGGGGAUAUGUCGGCGGCGUACAUAAGGAGAAGAGCGGCGGAGGUUGGAGCGCAGGUGGAUGCGUUAGAAGCGGCGGGAGGGAAUCGUCGUCAUCAUCAUCAUCAUCAUCAUCAACAACGUGGUAAUCAUGAUCACGUGGAUGAUGAUCAUAGUGAUUAUCGUCUUAAUGAUGAUCAUGUCGAGUGUAGUAGUAAUGAAGAAGGGUUUAAGAGGUGUAACGGGUCAUGGGAACCGGUCGAUUUGAACAAAUUACCCGACCCGGAAACUUCAGAGGACGAUUAGGGAAAAGGAAACAGCUUUUUGUUUUCAGUUUCUUACUUUCGUUCUCCUCCGAAAAAAAAAAAAAAA